AUGAUUGAGUCAUAUCUCUUGGUGGUCGGUGCCUUUGGGUAUAACCUCAUCGCCGCCGCAGCUGAUGACACUUCUCAUCGCACACUCGACACGUCGAUCUCUUCUCUCUGCACAGUGCCAGUCAACGAUCUGGCAUGCAGAGCACUCCUGGCUUUACUUCUUCUUACGACUACAUCGUCACCCUCUCUUUCUCACUUCUUAUCCCGCUUUAUCGUCGCCUGUAGGAGAAUCCGCAACAAGAUGUUUCUCGCUUCGAUCCUGCGCGAUAUCAACGUCCAGGAGGAGGGUUUUGUGAAGAGAAAACGAGAUGCUUCUGACAUUGCUCGAGUCGCCCAACAGAACAAGAAAAUGCGGCUGUGCACUUCGAAUGCGGUCCGACGGCAGCCUCAGCAUGUCAAGAAGGGCAUUACGCUCGAUACGCUACCAGGAGAGAUUCGAAAUCGUAUUUACGAGUACGUCUUCGAAGCAAGCGAAAUCACAAUCUUCUAUUGUGCUCCAGAUCCGGCUGCAAGGAAGGCAGAUCCACCUAUCUACCUGGAACCAAAUCCGUCCGAUGGCAGAACCAUCGCAAAGUUUCGCGACCGUGACAACAACUUAUUCGCGGUCCUGGCAGACAAACACACUGGAUACGGCAUCACACAAGUCAGCCGCCAGCUGCACAACGAGACGAGAGAGCUAUUUUUCCACAGGUCCACUUUCUCAUCUCCCGACCAGAACCUCACUGGCGUGUUCUGCACACAUAUGCCACCCGACUGGAAGCAACAUGUACGCUCCUUCUCCGGCAGCAUUGUUGGCCCGUACCCAAAGUACCACCAUAUCCUUCCUACCGAUGCCUCGCAUUUCCUGAAUCUCCAGAGCGUGACUCUCACAGCACCAAUGGACGAGAGGGAGGACUUCCACGCCUGGUAUUCCCUUAAAUCAUUGACCCAAAUGUCCACUGAGGAACUCAAGGAAGAGUUUCUGCCCGCCUCACAACAGCUGCCCCUAUCUGCUCUCGACAUCCACAACCACGCGGCAUAUCGACGACGGGUGACUCGCGCUGCACCUCGUUACUGGCCACCCACGAAGACCACAUCUCCCGCGACUAAGUGCGUUGCCGCUCAUGCCCUUAUCGACACACGCGCCGACCUCAACUGGAGCUUACGCGGGACUUCUGGGUAG